UUCGAUGUGGUGAUGCACGUUAUAUGUAGUAGUAUCUGCAACUCUGUCCCAAGCAUUUGACCUUCAUCCCCUUCCCUUUGUUUGUCCCAGCAAUGAGGAGGGAAUUCGAAUGCAGGCGUGAUCCGGCGACCAACGUCGUCGUGGUGGCGGCGCUAUUCUUCGUUGCAUGUGCGGCGCUCCUGGUGGAGGAAGCCUGCGGCGGGGAAGAGCCGGUGACGGAGCUGUCCAACGGCUUCACCGCUACGCAUUCCGCGGACGCGCCGGGAUGGUUCGAGCCUUUCCUCUACGCGACCAACGGCGUCUUUGCCCUCGGCUUCCUCCGCGUCGGCGCGUCCUCACUGGACCUCGCCGUGGUCCACCUCCCGUCGUCCUUCCCUCUCUGGCGCGCCACGCCGGCGCGCCUCGCGGACUGGUCGAGCCCGGCCACGCUCUCCUUCGACGGCCGCCUGGUCCUUGCCACCGGCCACGGGGCAGGCACCGUGCUGUGGAGCACCCUCAACCCCAUCGGCGACAACGUCAAGCUACUCAACUCCUCCGAGCUCAUCAUCCUGCUGUUCGACGAGCGCGGCACGCCGUGGCGGAGCUUCCACAGCCCGUCGGACACGCUGGUGCUGGACCAGAACUUCACCCUGUCCACGCCGCCGCUCAUCUCCGAGAACCGCCGCUUCGCGCUGCGGCUCGGCAAGACGUACAUGGCGCUGCACAUGGAGUUCUACGGCGGGCGCACGAGGCCCAUGUACUGGCAGCACACGGCCCUCAUGGCCCAGCCGGAGAACGGCACGGAGCCGCCGGUGUACGGCCGCUUGGACGGCCGGGGCUUCUUCGGGCUCUACCUCCAAGGCGGCAGCGGCAACGAGAGCGUCGACAGGAUCGCGUUCGACACCUUCCCCCGGAACCUCACCGGCGCCUUCCGGCGGAUGACGCUGGACGACGACGGAAACCUCCGCGCCUACUACUGGACCGACGGCUCCAAGGACUGGACAUCCGACUACCAGGCCAUCUCGGGGCAGUGCGAGCUGCCAACCUCCUGCGGCGCCUACGGCCUGUGCGUCCCCGGACAAGCUGCGUGCCAGUGCCUCGUCAACAGCACCACCGACGGAACUACCUCCCCGCAGUGCGCCGCCGUGGAGACCACCGACCUCUGCGGCGCAGGGCAGAUGUUCGAGGUGGUGCGGCGGAGCCGGGUGUCGCUGGCGUACAAGGAACGGGUGCCGUUUGAGACUUACAAGACCGUAGCGGAAUGCGAGGAGUCGUGCGCUGAAGAUUGCACCUGCUGGGGCGCGCUGUACAACGGCGCCAGCGGGUACUGCUACCUCAUCGGCUUCCCCGUGGAGACGGUGGUGUACGAGGCCGACGACCGGAAGGUGGGCUACUUUAAGGUCAGGAAGGCGCAGCAGAGCGCGGCGCAGGCGCGUACCAUGUCGCCCGGCGCGACCGCCGCGACGGUCGUGCUGUCGCUGGUGCUGGCCGUGGCUGGGGCGUACGUGGGGUACUGGCUGUGGGAGCGCCGGCGCCGGCGACGGGCGGGCGGUGUGGGGAUGGAGCAGGAGCUGACGCCGCGACCCUACAGAGACCUCAAGUCCAUGGACAGCUCCAACAACUCAUUCAAAUCGUGAUCGGUGCGACUGAACUUGAAGCUGAUCGAUCCAUCGGUGAGGUGCUGAGAUGCAGAGCUUGGACAAAGAGAAUUAAUGGCUGCAGCGAGCUCUGCUCCUUGCAGAAUUACAGAGCUUGCAGGAAUGAAUGGAUUGCAAGACAUUUUUUUUACGUAGGGAUGAUGAGGAUUGGCAUCCAUUGUAUAGGAGUUUUCUUUCCAUUCCUUCUGUGUUUGUGAACAUGCAUGUUCAAUCAAGGUGUAUACCUCUGUAAGUAUUAAUGGUGAAGAACACAAUACAUUCGAUGACCAGUUUUUC